AUGACAAGUAGACUAAGCAAUAACAAAGAAGUAGCUGGUAACAAAUCACUUAGUAAUAACUACUUAUGUGGUAUUUCAGAGUGUAUUUACUGCUUAACUAGUGUCAGUGUUACAAUUAUGACAUCAAGUCAUAAAUCAGCUUUAGGACUUCCUACUAAAUUAGCUCCAUAUCGAUCUGACACAGUUUACCCAGCAAUGAUAGCUACUACGCUAUCCCAAUAUGAAUAUGUUCUUAUAUGUGAUAAAUCCAACAUCCGAGUGUCUGGAUCACCACAACUUAGUAAAUAUUAUCUCUUAGUCAUUCACCAAUUAUAUCAUAUAUUUCAAAACAUAUAA